GUUUUCACCGGAACCGGAACUCCCUCCUUUCUCUCCCUCUUCCUCUGCUGGAAAAGGAACCGCCAUCAUGUCGUCUCACCUGCAGUGGAUGGUGAUCAGGAACAACUCCAGCUUCCUCAUCAAGAGGAACGGACAGACCUACAGCACUGAGCCAAACAACCUGAAGGCCAGGAAUGCAUUCCGCUUUAACGGCCUCAUUCACCGUAAGACAGUCGGUGUAGAGCAGGCAGCUGAUGGCAAGGGUGUCGUCGUCGUCCUGAAGAAACGUACAGGUCACCGCAAACCAGCGAAAGCGUACGAGAAGAUCACCAUCAACAAGAACUCUCGCACCACGCUGAACCGCCUAAGGAACAUCAUCUGCAAAAACAAGUACAGGAAGGACCUCUGCAUGGCUGCCCUGAGGCGGGCCAGCGCCAUCCUGAAGAGUCAGAAGCCUGUAGUGGUGAAGAAGAAGCGCUCCAGAGCUGCCAAGAGUGCAUAAACGUGUACACACACACCACAAAUGCUUAAUUAAUAAAGAUUUUGGUCAAAUA